AUGUCUUCCAGAGGUACAUCGAGCGUAUCAUCUCAGUUUUUGUCCGAAAUCAUCGGGAAACCGGUGAACGUUAAACUACACUCCGGGAUGCUAUACAACGGCAGAUUGGAGUCGAUCGAUGGGUUCAUGAAUGUGGCGCUUUCUAGCGCCACGGAACAUUACGAAAGUGGACAUAACGGUCUCUUGAAGACCUACAACAGCGACGUGUUCUUAAGAGGCACGCAAGUGAUGUAUAUUAGCGAGGUUUAG